CGGCGGCGAGGGCGGCGACGACAACGACGACGAACACGUGUAUGGUGAGGAUGACAGUUGCGGGGCCGGUGAUGACAUGAGCUGUGUGGUGCGGAGCGGCCAGUAUGCCGGUCUGCUGCACCAUGCUGGAAGCCCCGGACACGCCUCCCCAUCUUCCGCCCCCCCAACCUUCCCAAUGCGCAAACUGCACAGAGUGCGGGACUAAGGUGGUGGUCGGGGGCACGGAAACGGUGUACUGGGCUGUACAGCUGGACGCCGACCUCCUGGAGACCAUCGCGGCGAUCUAUCCCCACUGGUUUAAGGAUUGCAACUUGAACGACCUCAGCAAGAUGGCGGAUAGCAGUAGUGGAGGGGGAUCACAGCCCCCUUUCAUCCCACUGUCCCCACCCAAGUGUGAAGUGGACGAUUCACCUCUGCAGGGCAAGAUGCUGAACAAGAAUAAAGAAUCCCUGAAAGUAAAGCUGAUGCUGCGGCGGCCACGGGAGGAUUUGGUCAGCCGCGGAGUUAUUCCUCCCAUGAAUACUCCAGCUGCCUUCUACGAGCAGCGGCAGAAGCUAGACAUGGCAAAGAAACAUGACAUUCUCAAGCAGAAAAUGCAGCGGAGACCUGACAGAGAGGAACUUGUACGACAACAUAUUUUAGAAGAUGCACCUGGUAACAUUGACCCAUCACUAGUGGAAAAACAGAAACAGCUGAAGAGAGCCAGAAUAGCUGAUGCCAUAAGUGACCACCUCUGUCAGCGGCCUGGCCCUCUGGAGCUGGUCAGAGCCAAUAUCCUCCAUACUUCAGAAGACUUGGAGAAAGCUGUAAAAGAGGGACAGUUGAUGUUUAAAAGUACAAGUGAAGGAGAACCUAGAAAGCAUCCAAGCUUGUAUGUGCAGUUUGAAGAUGAGUCAAGCAGUGAGGGUGGCAUGUCUCCAGACCAGAGUGAGGCUGGAAGUGCCACAGGGGUCAGAGAGCAUAUGUCACCCAGUCCAGUACUGUUAGAGACCACUUCAGCUCCUGCAACCACAGCAGUGAUCCCUCCACCGCCACCUCCUGUUGCUCCCACUGUCACAGCAGCACCUGCUACCUGUGCAACAGAUUUGGCUGCCCCUUCCCCUUCUCUCACUUCCACCACCUCGUCUCUCUCGCCUCUGUCUUCUCUUGCGUCUCCUCAGCACCCUCUCCUUCCUUCUCCUCAAGCCUCUGCUCUUACCCAAACACUCUUUGUCACUCGUACUCCUCUUCCCCAUGCCCUCACAACACCUCCACAACAAAAUUCUGCUCCAGGCAAGGACCAGUCCAAGAGCAGGAAGAAGUCAAAAGGAAAAACUCAGCCCAAAGCUAGAACUAUCAAGUUUCACGAAUAUAAGGGCCCUCCAAGCGCAGUCAAAAGAGAAUCAAGUACGAGUUCCUCAGAGACUUCCUACGACAUACUUCUUCAGCAGCAACAGUUAUUUUUGCAGUGUCAGCUAGAACUGAAACAGAAGUAUCCCCAGAUCAUCUUGCCAGCGGCGCUCAAACCCUCAAACAAUGACAGCACUAGCAGCAGUCUUCCGUCUGUGAUAAAGGUAGCUCCCACCCCCCCUCCACUGCCUUCCUCCACAGUGGCCAGUGGACUCACCCUCUCCCAGGUACUCCACACCCCAUCGCACACGCCCACCACAACGCCCACUCCGUCUUCUACUCCACCUGCACCCCCUCCUCCACCCACUCCGCCUGAGACCAGCAUCAGAGUGCACACCAAGUUAGAGGAUAUGAAAGUGUCAGAUCUGAAAGCCGAACUGAAGAAAAGAAACUUGCCCGUUUCUGGUUCAAAGCCCCAGUUGAUAGAGAGAUUAAAGACUCAUGCAGCGCAGAAUUCCAGUGUGGCGAGUAGUGUUACCAAUAGCAAUAGCAGCAGUAGCAUCAGCAGCAGCAACAGUAUCAGUAGCAACAAUAACAACAAUAAUAACACCAACAAUAUUAGCAACAAUAACAACAACAACAAUCUCAGUAACACUCUAAAUAACAAUGCAUCUGUUACCCUGAGGUUAGGGAGUGUAGAGAGAGAAACAGUCACUCCCAUCACAACUAUGGAGGGUGACGGGAAAGGACAUGUCACACGGACCGACACCUCAGGCAACACCGUGUUGUCUGUUGCACAUUUGCUGCAGGAACAUUCUUCUACACCAACGCCAACACAGUCGGCGUUCAAUUAUACAGACGAUUCUUCAGGUGAGUCAGUCAUUUUAUAUCAAAUAUUUUUUCUCUCUUUCAUUCAGGUUUCUCCAUACUUAGAGUACAUGUUCAUCCUGCCUAUCUCACAUUCCCUUCCCUACCGCCCACCCAGUGUGGCUCCCAUGGACGUAGAUUUUGACUCUGCCAUGGACACAAAUGACUUCCCACCUCUUACUCCGGGUGAUGCGUUAACACCUCUUAGUAUUCACAUAUGAUGUUGCUCAAUUACACAACACCCACCUCCCACUCCCCCCUCCACCAACUCGAUAUCCAUCACAUGCACGGCUUCACCAUACGUUGAAGCGCUGUACGCCAUAUUCAGACCGUCAACACUCCCCAAUCAGACGGUGACAGCGAGACAAUCGGUCCCACAGGCCACAGCAGCCCCCACUGUGAUGUCCAAUGAGAGCAUGCAAAUUGCAGAGAAUAGAGUCAGGAGAUUACACCCAAUGCAGCUCGUGCAGCAGCAGAGAACAUUACAAACAGACAGCGUAAAAUCAGGAAAGUAACAGAAGUGAUACGAACAUCACAACAAAAAGCAACAGCAACAACAACAGCAGCUGCAGUGCCACAUACAGCAGUUACACCAUUUACAGACACUGCAUCAGAAGCAGCAGCAGUUGUUACAGCAGCAGGUUGUGCAUGACACAGGUAAGACCAAGAUCCAGGAGAAUGGGCUUAUCCAGCAGCAGCAGCCACAACAACUGGAGCUGAAUAACCAUGACCUUGGGAAUGGAGAGGUGAAGGUGAAGUCGGAGAAUGUAUGGGACCAGCUCCUCAGCUCGCCCAACCCCCACACCAACGAGCAACCAAAGACUCAGCGUUCAGGAUCCAUAUCCUCGCAGAAUGGCAUUACGGUCAAUGCUCAUCAGCGAACUGCGUCUCUACCAAAUGUAUCGGGAAUCAUUAUCACCAGUACCAGUGAAAAUACUGCCAAUAAUAAUAAUAAUAACAAUAACAAUUUGAAUAGAACUGCUACGGAAUCACAGUUUGUGCUGAAACCUCCUCCUAACUAUGAUGAAGCGACCAAGCAGUUAAAAGGAACAUUAAUAUCAAAUAAGGUCCCAGUGACUGGGCAGAACAGAAAACCAUCUGUGAAAAGCCAGGCUGUGGACGAUGUACUAGAAAUUCUUAUCAAAAAUGGAGAGUUGCCUCCAAGUGCAGCACAAGAUCCUCACACCCCAACCCAAAUAAAGUGUAGCCGAACUGGGCCAACAUUUACCAGUUCUUCAGGCGACUCUCCUACUAUUUACACCACAUCUCCUGCUGUGCCAGUUAUCUUCAGCAGCAGUUCAGCAUCACUGCCACUUGUAUUUACGACCUCAUCCACUGCACUCCCCGUUGUGUAUACGACAACCUCUGCAGUCCCAUCGAGUCAAGAGACCACUGUUCCACCCCCACCACCACCCCCACCUCCACCACCGCAUCAUUCUAGUCAACGCAUCACUAGUUCCACGGUUGCAAGCUCAGUAGCACAGCAACCAGUGCCAGGGAUACCAAGCUCCUGCACAUCUCCUAUAGUAACUAGUGGCCUCAAUUCUCACUCCCUCUUUGCUGACCUUGUAAUGGAGGGCCCAAAUCAGCCUGGCUUGGAACUUCCUUUGGAUCUGGACUUACCUGUGCUGGAAGGCAUGGAGCUGGGCACCUUGGAGCACACGCUAGAUCACAACCAUAUUCCACAGGAUCUACUCAUCUCCCACAGACCAGAGGAGCCCUUCAUUACUGUAGGCCCAACAAUGGACGUUAAGAUGGAGGUGAACGAUGAUGUUGACGUAGCCUCUUGGCUCGACUCCUUGGUGCCCAAUCCAAAUGGUCCAGUGUUGACGUCUGGGUCUUCCACAUUCACAGCACCCUGGCCACCCUCACAGUUGAUUUCGACAUCAGGAAACAGCAGUGACAGUGGCAUUGGGAGUAAUUACAGCAGUGGUAGCAACAGCAGUUGUAGCAACAGAGGAGGUAACCACAGUAGUUGCAGCACUAGUAGCACAAGUAGUAGUGGUGGGAGAAGUGGUAUUAGUGUUAAUCAAAGUGAUCCACUGCUCUCUAAUAACCAGGACCAUUUAGACCUCUUUAACCUAGAGGAGAUGGACCUCAAGGCUCACGAUGUGACAUCAGGCCUAUCAUGGGACCGCAUCGAUUUUACUGCAUGAGAGUUUAGUGUGCUGAUCACAUAGUUGGUCAUCCUUCGUGUACCAUGUACUGAUCAAAGCCAGUUCACUAUGUUCAAUGUCUGGUCAAUGUAUGUCCAAGUGUGGGACCAUUGACCGACAAAGACUGAAAGUCAAGGGACCAUUGACUGCAGUAGAUUUCAGCCUUGACUGACUAGCAUAUUUAAUAGCUGAAGUGCUACUGCAUCUCGAGUGACUGGCAGUACCCUAAUGUGGCUACUGAUAUAAGUGUUAAUGUCUGUGAUGACAAAUGAGUGCCUUACAGUACUCUAACAAAGGACCAUUGAAUAUUUAGUUCAUAUUUUAGGUUGUGUUCAGCCAACUCCACACAAUUCCCUGUUAUUCCAUUUUGACUACCUGUCAUAUAGAUCAUGCUCACAAUCAUUAUUAGAAGUUUUAAAAACUUUAAUCAUAAAUCUCUAGAAAUUUCUGUGUCAAGUAUAUAUAUGAUGUAUCUGUAAAUAGUUCCUUCAUGUAAAAUGGUGCUGUUUUGACUAUUUCCACUUGUUUGAGUUUUCUCCAAGAUAUAUGCUACUUGUCAGUUAAUCCUGCAAAUUGGUCAGGUGUAUCACUAUGUACUGUAAUAAGUGUAUGAUAAGUUUUGGGAACAAAUCUACCCCUUCCAUAAAUUUUUGCUGUGUACUUGCCUUAUUGAAGUGGAGCUCUGAAUUCAUGAAGUUGAAUCUGUUUUGACUUUAUUGCUCUGUACAUAUGUUAUGCCUAGGUAAUUUUUGUGACAAGAGUGAAGGCUCUUUCACCUACGCUGUGAUUAUUAUGUAUGUCAGGAACAGCCAGUCAUGUCUAGCCCACUGAAGGCAGGCACACAGUCUAACCAUUCCAUGAUGACCCUCGGCCCAUGGCUGUGUCUUCGAUUCUGAGAGACCCCAGCCGGGCGCUAUCACCCUAGCUCAUGGUGUGCAAAUCUCCGCCUGGCAUGUGGUGUCCAACACCAUUAAAACGUAUUCCGGGCUUGUAGUAGUUUGAAAACCCACUCAUUAGAAACCUGUCUAGUGGAGUUUUUGAAAUCUAUAGGCGCAACUUGGGUUUACAAAGUUCAAAACCAGUUCUUCAAACCCACAUUCAUGAAGUCCAGACAAAGAAUGAUGACCCUGACCAGAGGUAUCAAAUUGCCAUUACCUUUCCCUCUCAUGGUGUCUAAUCCUGUUCACUGUAUCAGGUCAUAACUUCUGAUCAUACCCAUGGUUUCUAUAACUAGUGCUUAUGCCCCUGGCAUGUGUACAAAACCAGCAUUUGUAACACUUACUGAAGAUGUUUUAGCUUGCACCAGUUCAUGAAUGGGUCAUUAAGAUUGAGCUUAAUUUUAGCUGCAGAGUGAACUGUGACAGGUCCAUGGAGUUAUUGCAAGCUUUAAACUUCGGUAUGUCAAACUCUCUCUCUGUCGACGCUCAUGUCCAUGGCUCAUUAAGUUACCGAAGCCAGUCAUUGUAAUCUUGGAACAUGAUGAUACAAAUCUCUGCAGGUAAUCCUAGCUUUUAAUGCCCACAGCUGAUGGUGUCCAAAGCUUGCUGUAUCGACCUAUAGCUCAAAGUAAUCAACACUUACAUUUGUAACAAAGGGAAAGAUACUCAGACUGACUCAGACGUCCAUAUGUUACCCCUAUGUGGAGACGUCAAACUUAAACAUUGUACAGUUUAUGUAGGCUGACUGUGCUCCCAAGAAUUUAUUUUAUUAUUUUAUUUUUUCUUGGUGAUCAUGAGCCUAUACAGUGUAUUGUAUUGUACUGAAUGAAGGCAUCAUGUUCGGUCUUGUAUGCAAUAUGUUCAUGCACAUGUUCAAACUUUUGCAGUGAGAAGUGGGUCUGAACAGCAAAAGGCAUCCAUAUAUGUCAGUGUUGCCAGGUAUAGCCAUCUGAAUGCAGAAGUCUCAGCAGUAUUCUGAGUUCUGUCUUAGUCAUAAUGGCAUCUGGUAUACCUCGGUCACUAAUGUUGUGUGCUCGAGUCUCUGUGGUCAUGUGGCUGCUCUCCCAACAUAUACAAGUGGAAUUGUAAUCCCACAAACUCUUGAGGGUACCAAAAUGACAUAGACCUUGGUUGCAUAUUUACUGUUAUCAUAGAAAACUGAGCCAUUAUGAUUCAUAGGUAUGCCUUCAUGCAUUAACUGUAUAGGGUGAUGCUUCUUCAUAGCCUAAGCUAACUUCACACGAACAUGUACAUUUAUCAACAGCUCUCUCUAUUUUUCAUCCUUUCAUCCUCUUCCCCCCACUCUUCUUCAUCCCAGAUGGUUAUUCUUUGAAUGAUUCAAAUGAGGAUAGGAAGCCUUGCUGGUAAACAUGUGCCAAUUUGCUCAGACAGAUAGCCAUUAACUGCAUCUAUUAAUUAAGGCUAACCAGAGCUUGCACAAAAAAAAAGAAAAAAGAAAGAAUGUCAGUCUGCACAAUGAGAUAGACAGGCCAGGAAUAAUCAAGCUUUUACAAGCUGGUAUCAGUAUUGUAAAUUUGGGUGAAUGCAAAAAAAAUAUUAAUAAUUAUUAAUAAUAAUCAUAAUAAAACAAUUCUUUAUGUUUUUAUCUGUUAACAUUUAAAGUACAGUAUUUUCUCUCACACUUGCACACAUUUUUUUCCAUCAUCUUCUCGUCUCUUCUUUUCUCUUCUAGUCUCUUUUAUACUUUGCACCUCAAGGAAUUAAAUUGUUUAAUGAAUACACAUGCAAGCCCAUCCCAUAUCCUGUCUUUGUUGGCUCUUGUUCAGAUUCCUUUGUAGCAAAUUCUUGGGCAUUUUCAGUUGCAUUAAAGUUUGCAUCAGAUUGCUUGCCAUGUAUGGAAAAGUAAAUAUGUAAUGCUUUACCACCAGUUCUCAAGGCCAAAAUUAACAGAUAGAGUUGAGCUUUAUUGCAAUUUGUUGGUUUAACAUAUAUGACUCCAGAGUUGUGGUACCAAUUAUAAUAUUUACCUCUGUGCUCAAUGUUAAACAUUUGAUGCUAUGGCAGGGCCUUGCUAGUGUGCCAAACCAAUAUAGCCAUCACCAGUUACCAACAUUCCACAAAUCCACCGGAAGUCAUGGCUGCAGCAUUAAAUAGAUUGUAAACUUGUUAGUGAAGUCUGCUGUUGUUCAAGCUUAGCUGUUGAUGCAAUAAUUAUAAUAGUGUUUGAUAGACAAACUGUGCAUUUUUAUACCAACAGCUCCUUUCCAAGUAUGGUACUUUGGUAAAACCUGCAUUAGGUGUAAAUGAAGGUAACAGAACUGCUAUGUUUCCUUAUGAAUGUAACAGCUUUCCUCUUCAAGAUGUAGUUUUGGCAUAUUUUCUCUUUUUGUUGCAGCACUACAAGCAGUCUUCUAUCCCCACCUUUUACCAUUGUAGCAAUGAGCAUUCUUUCUGAAAUCUCUGCUAGGAGUGCAUUGCCAGCAAGGGCAGUAUUGUAUUGGUCUGGUUUGAAAAGUUCCAUUUAUAUAUAUAUAUAUAUAUAUAUAUAUAUAUAUAUAUAUAUAUAUAUAUAUAUAUAUAUAUAUAUAUAUAUAUAUAUAUAUAUAUAUACAUAUAUAUAUACAUAUAUAUAUAUAUGUAUUUUGACCACCUGUGCUGAUUUUCCUUUUUUAUAAUUGUAUUAGUCACUUAGGAAAAAAUUAUCAAACCAACACAGCAUUUUUGGAACUUGGUCAGCACAUAGAAGCCAUGUAAACCUUCUGUAGUUUGCAUCAUGUGGAGGAUUCCACUUGCCAACCUCCACCUAGGAAGAGUUGCAGCUGAAGAAUAGUUGGUUAUUAUAAUGCUUUCAUUGAUACUGAUCUCUAUUUGGAAUUCUGUGUUACACAGAUUUUGUUCAAAUUACGUAAUUAAGUGAAGGGAACCUAAAUACAUAUAUUGGAUACAUUCUGUAUGAAAAGGUUAUUAUUAUAACUGCUUGGAUAAUAGGAGAGAGCACAGUAAUAGGAAUGUAAAGGAAAUCUCAUUUACAAUAAAGAAGGCCAAGAAUUUCUUGUGUUUUGGACAUAAUGUAUUUCUUUCUUAAUCAUAGUAUUAUGAAAAGGAAAAUUCUAGAUUUAAUUUUAGGAUAGAAUGUCCUAUGUGCUGCAGCCUAAUAUUAAUGGUGAAUAGUGUCAAAUUGGUACUCACAAUUUGAGUCACUUUAAUAGCUUUGCCCUAUGUAUAGAAACCUAUCAUCUCAUAUAAAAAUUUGGAUCACAUUUGUCAGGUGGAUUAAAUAAAUAAAUGGCACUUGGUUA